AUGAAUCCACCACCGUAUUCAGAAAAGGAUCACCUUUCAGUUCCUGCUCUGAACCAUCCUGCUGGACCACCACCGUACCCUGUGGAUAAUACGGGGCCUUUUGCCAUGCCACCCCCAUACCAAACCUUUUAUAUAUCCCCUGAUGCAGGAUCCAAUCAAGGUCUGUUUGUUCAACCUCAGCCAGCUAUAAUCACCACCCCAUCCGAGCCAACUAAAGAACCUGAUUUUUUGGCCUACUCCAUCUUCACCAUGCUUUGCUGCUUUCUACCCCUAGGUGUCACUGCCUUGGUUUUCUCAAUACAGACUCGGCAAGCUAACAAAGUUGGUGACCAAAUAGCCGCUCGGCGACUCUCCCUCUUAGCCCAGGCCUUCGCCCGCAUAGCUCUGGGGGUUGGAAUCCUAUUAACACUUGUAUACGUCAGUAUAAUUAUAAUCCUUUUCAGGUAGAUCACCAGCCCUUAAAGAAACUUCAUCUGACUCAACUCAUCAGGACAAUUUCCUUGUAGAAGGCUUCCACCGUUAUUUGAAUGGCAUCACAAAAUUGACAAACUCUGGGCUGGCUGACUCAUGCUGACGUAUCUUGAGAUUUUCAUAUUCUUGGUUCUGUGACUGUCAAAGAUAUGCUUGCGCUACGUAGCACUGUAUUUGAGGGGACAACUGUAGGUUGGAAAGAACCAUCUAUUAAAAGACUAGCUGGAUCCCCAUGCUUCGCUACGAAACUAUAUGAUCGGGCACUUGCAGCUUGAAUCCUCCCCUAUCCUAUCCCCUUCUCACCCUCAACCUUGCCCCACAGAAACGUCUCCUAUCCUAUCUCCUUCUCUCCCUCAGGUUUUCUAGUUCCUUCUCUCCAUGAGACUUGUCCCACAGAAGCCUCCCCUAUCCUCUCCCUCAGCCUUGCCCCACAGAAGCCUCCCCUAUCCUUCCCCUUCUCUCCCUCAGCCUUGCCCCACAGAAGCCUCCCUUAUCCUCUCCCCUUCUCUCCCUCAGCCUUGCCCCAUAGAAGCCUCCCCUAUGCUAUCCCCUUCUCUCCCUCAGCCUUGCCCCACAGAAGCCCCCCCCCCAUCCUCUCCCCUUCUCUCCCUCAGCCUUGCCCCACAGAAGCCUCCCUAUCUUCUUCCCUUCUCUCUGCCCUUUUCAUGAAGAGGAAGGCGUAUUUGAAAUCAAGCAUAGAGAAAGAGGGAGCUGCUUUAAUGAGGGUGUCAACUCUGAAGCGAACUUGGCUGAAGCCAUCUUUUGCUGCCUCAUACUUGCCACGAACUCUGUGGGCGGGGGAAAGGGAGGGAGUAGAUAGACUGGCUAGCGGUCAUAACAAAAACCUUUCUCGUGGGAACCAAGAUCACCCCAACAUGGAGCAGUUGGUGGAGGAGAGGAGGGACCAAGGAGCCUGCCAAAAGCCUUCAUUGGACAAUAUGACUUGUGACACUCGGGGAAGGAAACGAUUGCUUUUUUAACUAUGCUAUAAAUGCAGGAAAACUUUCAGAGUUGGCUUUCACUAGCUGUGCUGAUAUG